ACCCUAACGAGUACCAACAACCUGGCUGGCGUGCUGCAAAACCAAGGAAAGUACGAGGAAUCAGAGAUGAUAUAUCGGCGGACACUGGAGAAGCGGGAGAGGAUUCGUGGACCAGACCACCCCAACACCCUAACGAGUGCCAACAACCUGGCCCUCGUGCUUAAACACCAAGGAAAGUACACGGAAUCAGAGAUUAUUCUCCGGCGCACACUGGAUGGGUAUCAAAAGGCCCUUGGGCCCGAC